AGAAAUCAGCUCACGCCUCCCCUCUUUCUUUUCCGAUAAAUACCUUGGCAGAUUGGGCUGGAGAGCUCUUGCUAUGUAUAAAGAAAUUAACUCUGCGCACAAAUUUCUCGGCCAAAAAACAAAAAACCAGCGGAUACCUCUUUUCUUCUCCGAUAAUUCCUCGGCCGAUUGGACUAGAGAGCUUGCCAUGUAUAACACGCCUCUCCCUCUUCCCAUCCACGAAAUUACCGCAGUAUUGAGAGACGUCAAAGCACAAAUCACUGCAAGACAAGGUAUUAUUAUUGCUAUAUAAACCUUUACAAUACUAGGGUUUUAUGCUUUAUUGCCCUCUCUAAUAAAGCAGGUACGCCGUCUAUUCUCAUUCAAUCAUCUUUCUCUGCAUCUAAUUAGUAUUUGCUGCUGAUUUUUUUGUUGUUUUUGCACAUAUUGUAAGUGCGCAGAGCAUAUAAGCUAUAGCAUAUAAGGUGUUUGAUGAAAUGUUUUGAUUGCAAAAACAUAUUAGAGAUGGCUGUUAUAGGACCUUUAACUAAGUUGAAGAAGUUACUAUGUCCAAAAACUGAGGGUCUGCUGCAUAAAUAGAAGAUUUGAUACAAAGAUACAUGAAGAGCCUAUAUGUUACUUCCGUGUUAUUUCCCUUGGUGCUUUUUUUAUUUAUUUCUUUUGUCUUAUUAAUUAAUCAAUAUGAUUAUGUUUAAUUAGCCUCCUUUGUAACUUUUUGAAUCAAAAGUUAUUAAAAUCCGUGAACCAAAAGAAAAUGAUUUUAAAACUUUUUGGUUCCUUUUGAUUUUCUUUUGUCUCAAUUAUGAUUUUACUUAUUAAUUUUAUUUCUGUAGAGAUUUUCACAUAGUCCGGUUGUGUUCAUCCAUCUCAAUAAAGCCUCCUUUGUUCAUCUAUUUUGAGCUAUACAUGCAAUAGUGAAUAAUCUAUUCCCACAAUAUAUUAUAAAAUAGUGAUUCACUUUUUAUUCUGUCAAUUCUUUUAAAAUCAAAAGCAAAUGAUUAACUUUUUGAAUCUGUGAACCAAAAGAAAAUGAUUCACUUUGUGAAUAUUUGAGCCAAAUUUCUAUUAUGUGAACCCUGAACCAUGCCUCUAAAGGAUAGUACUAUAUGAAACCAAAGAUUUUUUUGCUGAACAGAUGUUGCUAGAGACUUUUUUAUGCUUUGUUUUUUUGAUGAACAAUGUUUUUUUAUUUUUCUUGAACUGAUGUUGCUAGAGACUUUUUUAUGCUUUGUUUUUUUGGUGAACAAUGUUUUUUUCUUUUUGCUGACCAGAUGUUGAUAGAGACUUUUUCAUUAUGCUUUGUUUUUUGCUGAACAAAUUGUGUUGUCUUAUUCUCUCCUUUUUUUAAUUCAAUUGAUUAUCGACCAUAGAAAUAGUUAAAAUCACUGCAAUGCAAGGUAUAGCCUUGGCUUUAAAUUUUAUGUCUGCUAGGUGUACUUUUCAGCUACAUUCACCCUGCUCUGGAAGCACAAAUCCUUGAGUGCCCAAGUAGCAUAGACCCUGCAGUAUGGCACGCAAGAUAAACACAAUAGAAGAGAUCAACGACUCAAAGGAGACAUGGAAGAUUGCGGUUAGAGUGAUUUCACUCUGUCGUGUUGAUUCCUUAAAGUUCAUGGAAAUGGUUUUGAUGGAUGCCAAGGGCCAUAAGAUACAAGCAGUUGCGAGGAAUGCCGAGAUGGUUGUUUGGAAGCCAACACUUAAAGAAGGAGAAACGUAUGUGAUGCAGAAUUUUUGUGUCCUACGCAACGAUGGGGAAUACAAGACUUGUGACCAUCCAUUCAAGCUUCAACUCACAGGUGGUACAACGCUAAAAGUACAAAAUCUCUCCGAUAUUUCCACGGAUCACUAUCAGUUUAGAAGCUUUUGUGAUAUAUUAAGUGGCAAACUGGACACUCAUGUUUUGAUUGAUGUCAUUGGAUCUCUGCAUGACGUUCUUAAUGCCCAGGCUAAUGCUUCGCUGAAAAAAAUAUCAUUUUUAAUGAAAGAUCUCAGUGGUGAUAUGAUAACAUGCACAUUGUGGGGCGACUAUGCUACCAAACUGUUGAAUUUCCGUGAAAAUCAUCCAUCGGAGCUGACUGUUAUCAUCUUGACUCAUGCAAAAAUCAAGGAACCGGAAGGCAUGCAUCCUAUCACCAUUCAAAAUAGCAUGUACAGCUCCAAACUGCUCAUAAAUGAAGACAUUGCAGAAAUUCAGCAAUUCAAAGAUAGCUUCAAAUCAAAUCAAGUGAACGAGCCACAAGGUCAAACUCAAAGCCAAACCUCAGGCUCCAGUUUUUCUGAGCAAGAGAAGCUUACAUAUAGAGCUGUUCUUAUGAGUAUUGCUGAUAAAAAUUGCCUUAAAGAGGAAACAACUUGUGUCACUGUUGGCACCAUUGCAAGGUUUGUGGUUGGAAAAAGUGGGUGGAGCUAUCAAAGUUGCUCUUCAUGCACUAGAAAGGCUGAAGCACCCAAUGGCGCGUUCACAUGCAGAUGUGGCAAAUACAACCACGAGCCUGUUAUAAGGUAUAGGCUGGAAGUCAUGUUGUACAAUAAAAAAGAUUGCGUCAAGAUUGUACUGUGGGAUCAAGAAUGCAUUCAGCUUCUUGGGAAGACCGCUAAUGAGCUCAGAAACCAAAUGAUUGAAGAAGGUGAGGACGAUCCACUGUCUUAUCCAGAAACACUUGAUGACUUGCUUGGAAGAACUUUGGCAUUUAGGAUCAAAAUGCAGCCAGCCUAUAGUGCUGCAUCCGUACAAAAAGUUUCCGAGGAUGAGACCGUUGCGCAAUCUAUAUUGGGGAAAAUUGACAUGGAUGAGCAAUCUUUGUCUGCAAUAGCAGAUCAUGAUCCUGAAAGCUCAUCGGCUUCUGUUACACCUUGCAAAAGAUCAUCACAUAUGCAAAGUGAUGAUUCUCAGUCCCCAGAUGAAGCCACACAACUAUCAGCAACUAAGAUUCAGAAGCGUAUUAAAAAGGAGUGAAAUAGUUACAUUUCUUUGUCAUUCCUUGCAGACAAUAUUCAUCUCUUCAUGCCUUAUUAUUUAUUACAUUAUUAAGAAAUAAAAGUGACCUUUUUAUCUGCUUCGUUUUAGACAAUAUACAAUUUCACUGUCCUUAUUAUUGCUUACAUUCAUUCAAGUAUUCAA